AUGGAUCCGGAAUUGAAGUGCGCUGCUGAGGAAGGAAACAUUGAGCUUUUGUACGAUUCGAUACGAAAGCAUGCAAAAGUCUUAGACGACAUCAAUGAGAUUUCAUUUGUUGACACUCCUUUACACGUUGCUGCAUCUGCUGGACGGACCCGAUUUGCCAUGGAGAUCGCCAUGUUAAAGCCGUCCUUUGCUACGAGGCUCAAUCAAGAUGGGUUCACCCCUAUGCACCUUGCUUUGCAAUAUGACCACACCGACCUUGUGUUCCGGCUAAUUGAUGUUGAUAAGGACCUUGUCCGUGUCCAAGGAAAGGGGGGUGCGACUCCUUUGCAUUAUGUAGCACAAACUGGAAACCUCCAUCUUCUGCAUGCAUUUCUACAAGUUUGCCCCAAAUCCCUUGAAGUUGUAACAACUCAAAGGGAGACUGCCUUGCAUAUUGCACUAAAACACAACAGGUUCGAUGCUUUUGAAUACCUGGUGGGAUGGCUUCGACGUGCCUGGUUUAGACAUGCCGACACGUGGGAAAGGAAGUUACUGAAUUGGGGGGAUGACGAAGGCAACACGAUGUUGCACAUUGCGGUAUCAAGAAAUCUACCCCAGGUUGUGAAGUGCUUAGUCAAUUGUGCAUCAGUUGAAAAAAACAUCAAGAACUCAGAGGGUUAUACGGCUCUAGACAUUUUGCAACAUCGAAUGAUGUUACAAGUUCAUGACUACGAAGAGAUCAAGGAUUUGCUAUGUCGUGCCGGAGCUUUAAGUGCGUCGUUUGUUCCUGAUGAAGUUCCAUCUCUGACAGAUUAUUUUAGAUCCCCUAUCUCAAUUUAUGAAAGGUUCUACAUACGCAAGUUUCGUCAGAGAACGAAAUUAACAAAUGAGGUACGCAAUCUGUUGUUGGUGGCUGCUACACUUGUUAUAGCAGUUGCGUACCAAUCAGCAGUCUGCCCUCCAGGAGGAGUUUGGCAAGACAACUCCCAUCCUGGAAUCGAUCAGUUCAAUAAAACAACCAAGAUCAAUGCUAAUAAUAACCAUGAAUCGGCGAGACAGAGGCGUGAGAUACUCAUCGAGAAGGAAGGAGCUACAUGCGGUGCGGCGAAGAAGGUGGCUAUCCCGGCGGCGGAGCACUGA